AGCAAAACUAGUGCAAGUGGACAAGAAAAAAGAUGAAACCUCUCUUUCUCCUCCUUUCCUCUUUACUAGCUUCCAUAUAUACACCUACAUGCAUAUUUUUUCCUCAGAAAUUUUCAUAUAUCCAUCGUUCUGCUGUAAACCCUAGUCUUUUUCUCCGUUCACAUACAGAGAGGAAGCCCGGAAAGAUCAAAGAAAUCCAAAAAUGCCUUCAUCCCUACAACUACAUCGAAUCAACCCCUCCCAUCCCACCACCGUGACCGCCGCCAUCGCUGCGAACUUCCACAAGCAAAUUAAAACAGUUGAUGCUACAAGCCGAGCCGAUGGGCUUCCUCACUAUGAGCCGGUGCCGGAAUCUGUGGCGCAGUACCACACCCAUGCGGUAGCCUCGAACCAGUGCUGUUCUGCCGUGGUCCAGACCGUCGACACGCCCAUCUCUGCCGUGUGGUCCGUCAUCCGCCGCUUCGACAACCCACAGACCUACAAGCACUUCCUCAAGAGCUGCCAGGUGAUAGAUGGCGACGGCGAUGUGGGGAGCCUCAGGGAGGUGCACGUUGUGUCAGGCCUCCCUGCAGUUUCGAGCAUGGAGAGGCUGGAGAUCCUUGAUGACGAGCAUCAUGUGAUGAGUUUUAGUAUUGUCGGGGGUGACCAUCGGCUUGCAAACUACCGAUCGGUGACCACACUCCACUCCACCUCCGAUGGGUUGGGUACGGUGGUGAUCGAGUCCUAUGUGGUCGAUGUGCCUUAUGGUAAUACUAAGGAAGACACUUGCGUUUUUGUGGAUACGAUUGUUAGGUGCAACUUGCAGUCUUUGGCACAGAUCUUUGAGAGCUCAGCCAAGAGAAGCCAGCUAAAAUAGACAUGAUCUUGAUCAUCAUUUAAAGUUUUAAUCGGUGCUCGCUUUGUUUUUCUUCCUGAUGCGGGUCAGGUACGCAGAUCUCGGGCACCCGGCAUUGGAAAUUCUGUUAGCUUUUUAAGCUAUCUCAGGUUGCACAUGGUAGAAGAAGAUAGGAUAUUAUCAGUGGUUUCUUCUCUUUUCUCCAGUCCUUUGUCGAUUUGUUUCCUCUCUCUCUCUCUCUCUGUCUCUGUCUGUAGAGUGUUUUUUCAAUUUAAUUUACCCAUAGAAGAAAAGUCAAGAAUCAUCCUUUUAUUUUUUUGUGGACAUUAUGUCUUCUUAUUUUUACUUUUGACUUUUGGGUAGUCUUGCUUUUGUAGUUGUUUAUGGAUUCUAACUGGACAAUGUGAAUUUUCUUGCUGUUUCUAAGUUUAUACUUUGCUC